AUGGACUCAAAGAAAGAAGUUAAAGAGUUUUCAUUAGGUUAAACUUUCUUAGGAAAAAAUGGUUUGCUAGAUGUUUCACCUUUAAAAACAAAUAAAGUCACUUGUUUAUACUUUUCUGCAUCUUAUUGUCCUCCAUGUUAAGCUUUUACUCCUCUUUUGAUUGACUUUUAUAACGAAGUAAAUGCUGAAGAUAAAGUUUUAGAAAUAAUUUUGAUUCCAUUUGAUUAAACAGAGGAUGAAUUUAAAAUUUACUAUAAGCCUAUGCCUUGGCUUGCAAUUCAGUUAGGCGAUGAACGUAUAGCUAAGUUUACCUCUCAUUUCAAAGUAACUAAAAUACCUAAAUUGAUAGUUUUAAAGUAAAAUGGAGAAGUAGCUUCAGGAAGUGGAAGAAUAGAAGUGAUGACUGAUGGAGAAGAUGCAUUCCACAAAUGGAGAUAAUUAGUUGAAUAAUGA